CAUCAAAGUAAACACACGUCUAUCGUCGAAUAACCAUGUUCUAUGCGAACUCUGGUCUCCAAUUCCUCCGGCAGUCCGCGAUCAGCAUCCCCCCUCUGCACUCCGCCACCUCAACCUCCCUCCUUUCCAGCUUCGCCUUUGUCCGGUGAAGGCGCCAAGGGAUCCCUUUUCUGACUGUCCUCCGUCGCUGUUGGUGGAGAAGAAAAGAUGGUGCUGAUCUCUCUGGUUCGUGACUACAUCGGGCGGAUGCUGCAGGACAUCCCCGGAAUGAAAGUCCUCAUCCUUGAUUCGCAAACUGUCAGCAUUGUAAGUGUUGCAUAUAGUCAAUCAGAGCUGCUCAAGAAGGAGGUAUUUUUGGUGGAACUUGUUGAUUCCAUGUCCAAGGAAACAAUGAGUCACCUAAAAGCAGUUUACUUUCUCCGUCCAUCCAAUGAGAAUAUCCAAAAAUUACGACGUCAAUUGGCCAACCCCAGAUUUGGAGAAUAUCACCUAUUUUUCUCCAAUAUUUUGAAAAUUACCCAGAUUCAAGUACUUGCAGACUCUGACGAACAGGAAGUUGUACACCAAAUUCAAGAGUUCUUUGCUGACUUUUGUGCCAUUGAUCCUUUCCAUUUCACUUUAAACAUUCCAAUGCAUCACAUAUACAUGCUGCCAACCGUUGUGGAUCCUCCAAGUUCCCAAAGUUUCUGUGAUCGAGCAGUUGAUGGGAUUGCUGGUGUUUUUUUAGCACUCAAGCGUCGUCCUGUUAUUAGGUAUCAGCGAACUUCUGAUAUUGCUAAAAGAAUAGCACAAGAAACUGCAAAACUUAUGUAUGAGCAAGAAAGUGGUCUGUUUGAUUUUAGGCGUACGGAGUUCUCCCCGUUGUUGCUUGUAAUUGACCGGAGGGAUGAUCCAGUUACACCCCUACUGAACCAAUGGACAUAUCAAGCAAUGGUUCAUGAGCUAAUUGGAAUUGAAGAUAAUAAAGUAGAUUUGAGGAACAUUGGCAAAGUCUCCAAAGAUCAGCAGGAGGUGGUGCUUUCAUCAGAACAAGAUAACUUCUUCAAAGCUAACAUGUAUGAGAAUUUUGGGGACCUCGGAAUGAAUAUUAAGACAAUGGUGGAUGAGUUUCAGCAGGUGGCAAAGAGUAAUCAAAACAUUCAGACAAUAGACGAUAUGGCAAAAUUUGUGGACAAUUACCCCGAGUACCGAAAGAUGCAAGGAAAUGUUUCAAAGCAUGUAACAAUGGUUACAGAAAUGAGUAGAAUUGUUGAUGAGAGAAAGCUCAUGACUGUUUCACAAACUGAACAAGAGCUUGCUUGUAAUGGUGGACAAGCAGCAGCAUUCGAGGCUGUCACCAAUCUUCUGAAUAAUGAAGCUAUUUCUGACGUGGAUCGAUUGCGGCUAGUAAUGUUGUAUGCCUUACGCUAUGAGAAAGAGAGCCCAGUUCAAUUGAUGCAACUUUUCAACAAGUUAGCUUCUUGUUCUGCAAAAUAUAAGCCUGGGCUUGUCCAAUUCCUCCUAAAGCAAGCAGGAGUUGAUAGGCGAACUGGAGAUCUCUAUGGUAAUCGUGAUCUACUGAACAUUGCUCGGAAUAUGGCCCGUGGACUUAAGGGUGUUGAGAAUGUGUAUACUCAACAUCAGCCACUUCUAUUCCAAACAAUGGAAAGCAUCAUCAAAGGACGACUAAGAGAAGUUGACUAUCCAUUUAUCGGCAAUCACUUUCAACAAGGGAGACCUCAGGAUGUAGUGAUAUUCAUUGUUGGGGGGACAACAUACGAGGAGGCUCGCACCGUGGCUCUGCACAAUGCUUCAAAUUCCGGAACACGUUUCAUACUUGGAGGCACAGCAGUUCUCAACUCCAGGAGGUUCUUAAGAGACCUAGAAGAGGCACAAGCGAUAUCACGCAAGAGCAAUGCCAUCUAAAUUUAGCACUAAGAGUCCGAUUACUUGAAUGAAAGUAAGAAACAGGAGGGAACAUAUCAGAAGCUACUUGAAUGAAAGUAAGAAACAGGAGGGAACAUAUCACAAGCUAAGAAAGCACCUUUUUGUAUCAUUUUUUUCUCCUCUACGUCUAUCUUCGAUACAAGUAAUCGGCCCUAAGAGUUAGAGCUUAUGGAAAUGCCCAGUCUUGGAUGGUUUGAAACUGUCUCUGAGCACUAGAUUGGUUAUGGCAAAUGCUACACAUACAGGGUGGUCUUGCUUCAGGAGACCCUCAAAGGGGCACAAUUGUGUAGUUUAGAUUUGACUAUGCGUGUUCAUUGUUUACAGGCAAAAAAAAUAAAAAUUCUUCUUUUUUCUA